AGCAACUACGGCAGAGCAAAAGUUGUUCUCGAGUUUGAAGCUUGUUGGAAUCGUACACCGCGCGACUGAAGAGAAAAUCUCAUUACAGCAGGGAAAAUCUGCGAAAAAAGGGUUAAUAAAUAAUCGUAAAUCAAUCAGUAUUUAAAGGGAUUCAAAUUGGCAGAACGCAAUAUGGCACGCUAUCGCGAGUGGGACUUGCAGUGCAAGGUAUACGUAGGAAAUCUGGGAUCUUCCGCGUCGAAACACGAGAUUGAGUGUGCAUUUGGCAAAUAUGGUCCCCUGAGAAACGUUUGGGUUGCCCGGAAUCCCCCGGGAUUCGCCUUUGUUGAGUUCGAGGACAAGCGUGACGCCGAGGAUGCAGUCCGGUCGUUGGAUGGAACGAGAUGCUGCGGAACGCGCAUUCGAGUGGAGAUGUCCUCUGGUCGCACCAGGCGUGAUGAUCGCAGCAGACGACCACGUCGCUCAUACAGGGCAAGUUCUUCUAUGAAACUCCACGACUGCAACUUCUGCCACAGAACUUCAUCUAACCAACCUUCUACUAGUAGCUCUACUAUCAAGCCUAGUGCAACCAUCAAAUCCGCCACCAAAAUUACCACCACCACCACAACCACAGCCAUCACCACAACCAAAAAAACCACAACUACCACCACCAAAAAAGUCUCUUCAGCUUCUUCGAUUUCUUCUAGACUUGUUCGCCCUCUCGCCGUGCAAGUUCUUCAAGUAGUCUCCUAUCUACUAAAACUACAACCGCAGCCAUCGCCGCCAAUGUUAAGAAGGCUGUUACAACUGCUGCAGUCGUCAACAUUGUCAUCAGCGCUUCAACAACUGCAGCAACGAUCGAUGACAUCGCUAAAGCCACUACUGCUGCUGCUGCUGCUGAAAUCAAGCGACAACACUUGCUCUCAACUGCAGCAUCACGUUUUGAAAUUUAUCCUUCCAACUUGAGGUUCGCUGAAAUGAUGAACCCCACAGCGGAGGAUGCAAUUUAGCGUAAAAGAUUGCUGGCCAUAGCCGCCAGCACUUACUAAGCGAAAAAGAUCACUUUUGAUAUUCGCAAAAGGCGGCCCAUCGACGAGUCAUCACCGGCUACUUCCCCCUCAGCGUAGAACUUCAACGAUCUUCCGAUUCUUCCCCAACCAUCUCUCUUCGACGGUCAUCGCAAUCGACUACCAGCUCUAAAAGAUCUUCACCUCAUCAGCCUCCCGAUUUGUUGCAUCUACGUAUCAACCACUGCAACAGUCUUCCUACUACCAGCACUACUACUACUACUACUACUACACGACAGUUACUACUGCUGCUUCUAGAAUGUGUAGUGCGCAAAAGCUAAUCAACCGUUCGCGUCCUCUUCUCCGCGUAACCAACAUCAGCCACAAAAAAAAAUACAAUCGCAUUUGCUACAACUGCUACCUUCAGCAGAAAAAAAAACAGAACAGCUGUAGAGUCGUCUCGUCUGCCCCACGUAAGCGCCAUCGUUCGUCAGUCACCACACCACCACAUCCUAGCUUUUUUAGAGUUAUGCUACAGGCUCCCCUCAAACAAACAAACAAACAAAACGCCUGCGAACCAUUCCUUGGAAAAGUAUCCAUCCAUACAUCUCUACGUUGCCCGAAACAUACGAUAGCACUGCGAUUAUUUCUGAAAAUCUACGCCAAAUGACAGCGCGGCGUUGCUUCCGACAGAAACCGAAAGAGACCAGUCGAUAAUGUUCUUAAUUAUAGAGUAAUCAUCUGGACAACGCCAGAACGAGCGCAUUCCAUCAUCAGACCAUCUCUAUCAAUAACACGCGUCCCACACCCGGGAUAAGUGACACACACACACCCGCGUCAACACAUUUUUUUGCCAUCUUUUCUCAUCAUCAUCAUGCUCAAACUGUCAGCCAUUCGUGUCGUGUCCCUUUUCGAGCGACCACCAACGAACAACGCAUCCGCAAUCUCGCCUCUGCAUAACACUGAACAUGGUUUCUUGGCUCUCAACGGAACCAUUCCAUUGCAAAUUGCUACGUGUGCGCGGUCAGCUCAUUCUAAUUCCUCCACCCUACCGUCUACUGAACAACAACAACCAAUGACUUCUACUGUGCUCCACGCUACACAUCCGCACAUCCGGAGGUCCUCGUUCGGUGGUUCUGCGGCAACUCCCUGGCCAACAGUCCAUCCCACAAAUGCCAUCAAACAACAUGUGCAAUCUGCGCGACCAACGCAGUCAUCGCAGCCAACUGCGCGAACCACCGAGCCGCGAGCAUACAGAGCAUAUGCCGCUGAUCAGCAUUUAGCAAAGAUUCGACUACAUCAUGGUCCUGUUUUUCUCUUUUUCUCCGUCCGCCGCCCGCGCGGUUCAACAGAUCCCGUUCGCCCCGCCGUUCCCGAACGCGCUCGCGGAGUAUGAGCCGUGAACGUGACCGUGACCGCCGCAGUCGCAGUGGAUCCCGCGAUCGGCGUUGAGGGGGGGCAUUCAGCGCCCAGUUCAACAACGCCCAACACCACAACACGAGGAGAUAAGUACACGACAACAUUGUAUGUGUGUAGGUGAGGUGCUGGAUAGCUCACCACCCCAAACCCAAGAGCUAUUCAAGUUGUAGAAGACGAUGGUAACAGAUGAAAAAAAAAAACUAAAGUUCAAAUCGUAAACCACAAAGCAAACAAACAGUAAAUUAUAUCCUUAGAAAGUACUUCGAUUGAUGAGAUGUAUUUGAAUUCAAUUCGGAGGGGAAAGUUCACAUUUAAACACUCAUUACCCGAUAAUCUUUCCUUUUAACGUUUAGGACCCUUCUUAUUUGAGAACAGUUUUAGUUUUAGCGAGGAAACGCGCUAAAGUGUGUAUCUUGAUGUUUGUCGAAGUACAGAUAAUAAAACAGACAAAAAAAAUUUAUAAAUUGUACAUCUUGAAGUUAUACGACUCUGAAAGGCAUCCAAUUCAAUAAUCGUAUUCCUAUUUGAGGACUGUUGUAUUUAUAUCAUCCAUAUAGUUUGAAAAAAAAACUUCCGACUCGAGGGAAUGCAUUUUUUGUAAACAUGUUUGAAAGAAUCGAAACCUACUCCUGUCAUCAAAUGAAAAAAAUCAUAGUUUUAGUUUACAACCUUUAUGUUUAAGUAAAAUUAUAUAUAGCAACAA